CGGGAAAGGCGGCUGGCCUCCUCCCUCGAGCGCGUGACGUCGCCGAGAGGCCGGGCGGAGAGACAACAUCCACGGCACCACCGAGGCGCCCGCCCGUCCGGUGCCGAGCAGGAGCCCGGGCUGCGCGACCGCCGGCCACCCUCUCCCCCAGAGACGGAUUUAUCUCUCGUCUGGUAUUUACAAGGAGCAGCCAGUUUCCAAAUGAACUUCCCAAAGAGAGGCCGCCUCCGGCUCCCGUGGCCCGGAUGCUGAGGGCAGGGCCAGCACCACCUGUUCCCAGGCCCAUGUGGAUGGGGAGAGGAUGCGGGUGACCAUGAGGCGGGUGCUGCUGGGGGUGGGCUUUGCCAUCGCCCUGAUGGUGUCUGCCCACCUGGGCCAGCAGAUGCUGCAGUGCCAGCAGAUCUUGGGCCAGGGCUCCGGCCCGCGGGGGCUGAUGCGGCCAGAGAACGAAGAGCUGGUGAUGCUGGAUGCCAACCGGGUGGAAUACCGCUACAGCAAGGAGAUGCCGCUGGUCUUCAUUGGCGGCGUCCCCCGGAGCGGGACCACACUGAUGCGGGCCAUGCUGGAUGCACACCCAGAGGUGCGCUGCGGGGAGGAGACCCGGAUCAUCCCGCGCGUGUUGGCCAUGCGCCAGGCCUGGUCCAAAUCCGGGCGAGAGAAGAUGCGCCUGGACGAAGCUGGGGUGACGGACCAGGUCUUGGACGCGGCCAUGCAGGCCUUCAUCCUGGAGGUGAUCGCCAAGCACGGGGAGCCGGCCAGGUACCUCUGCAACAAGGACCCCUUCACGCUCAAGUCCUCCCUCUACCUGUCCCGCCUCUUCCCCAACUCCAAGUUCCUCCUGAUGGUGCGCGACGGCCGGGCCUCCGUCCACUCCAUGAUCACCAGGAAGGUCACCAUUGCGGGCUUUGACCUCAGCAGCUACCGGGACUGCUUGACCAAGUGGAACAAAGCCAUUGAGGUCAUGUACACCCAGUGCCUGGAGAUCGGCCGCUCCCGCUGCCUCCCCGUCUACUACGAGCAGCUGGUCUUGCACCCCAAGCGGUCCAUGCAGGCCAUCAUGGAGUUCUUGGACAUUGCCUGGAGCGACGCGGUCCUGCACCACGAGGAGCUGAUCGGGAAGCCGGGCGGCGUCUCGCUCUCCAAAAUCGAGCGAUCCACAGACCAGGUGAUCAAGCCAGUGAACACGGAGGCCUUGGCGAAGUGGCUGGGGCACAUCCCAGUGGACGUCCUGCAGGACAUGCCCCACAUUGCCCCCAUGCUGGCCAGGCUGGGCUAUGACCCCUAUGCAAACCCCCCCAACUACGGGAACCCAGACCCUUUGGUGGUCAACAACACACAUAGGGUUCUGAAAGGGGAUUUUAAAACACCUGCCAAUCUGAAAGGACACCUCCUACAGGGGUCUCAAAAUACUACUGCUUUUCACUGACAAAGCUAGUGAUUUCCAGGUGCAAAUUGCUUUCUGUUACUCUGAAGAGAAGAUGGUUUGCAAAGUGUUGACAGUGGAAAUCCAUUAUCCAAGCAUAUUGCUUGUUAAUGAUAUUGCCAAAUCCAGUGCUCUCUGCAAAACUUUUUUUUGCAUUUAUUUGCAAAUUUCAGACAUUUUCCAACUCCUGAGCACAAGACGUCUGUCUUGAUGGACACGUCAUGGUAAAGGGCAAAAGCUGUGGAAAUGAAAGAUCUCCAACUGCACUGGAGAAGAUUUUAUACUUGUUUGGUUGGAGACCUUUUAAAAAGUCAUCUUGUAAUUUGUCCUCUAAGUUGCAGACCACAAAUAGCUCGAUUAAUAGAACCUUAUUAGAGUGCUUUUGUCUUAACAGGUGACAAUCUGAAACUUGGCCUCCUGUCACUCUCUUUUUGUAAUUUACAAGAAUCUAUUUAAGAAUUAAUAUAUGAGGCUGUCUCCUUCA